AUGUCAGGUCGCGGAUCUUGGAACAAACGAGCAAACCCUGGGGUCUUUGACUUCCACGAGGAAAGAAAAAAGCGCUACAAGCAUAAGGGAUCCCAGUUCUAUCUGAACAAAUCGUUGCAUUUCCCUGGACCAGGACCAGUUACAUCCCCAGCUGCCUCCGCCAUCUCACAAUCACCUACCACUUCUUCUCCCUCCUCCUCCUCUUCCUGUCCUCCCGCUGCUGCUGCUGCCAUGGUAGCAGCCUCCUCCUCUCCUGCUUCUGCUCCUCCUCCGCCUCCUUCAUCUACAUUUUCAUCUUCAUCUCGCACAUCAGCAUCUCUGUCGUCUCCUUACUCGUUGUCAUCGACAUCAACUCAACCUUCUGCUACUCCAGCUGUUUUCUCUUCGUCUGCAUCUUCCAAUUUUGGCCGGCCCCUGAUGUCGUCGUCAUCGUCUUCAGCCUCUUCCGUGCCGACAAACAAUACCAACAACAACUGCACUGGCGUUGGUCCUGCUGGCCUACUACGUAUGGACGCUAGUAGUGGAACUGCUGCAUCUAAUGCCAACUGUCGGCGCCUACCUUCAGCUAACAGCGGAAUGACUCCUUCUGCUAGCACCCUACUGACCAGUGGGGUGGCUAACUUGGGACUUACUAACAAUACCAAUAAAGGAUUAGCCAGUGCCAAUAUGAUGAUGAUGUCGUCUGGUGGCAGUGGUGGUGCCACUGCUACUAAUUCACCAUCAUCCGCUGUUUCUUUCCAUCAUAUGCCUGCUACCAAUAUCAAUGAUACCAAGAACAAUUCCAAAGUACAGCCUCAUCACAGAAGAAGCAGCAGUGCAGCUACCGACAGGAUCUAUGAGUUUGAAUCUAGUCCUCCAACAAGUGAGGCAAAUGAAUCUCCCAUCCUUACAGAUAACCAGGAUUCUCAGAUCCGCAAACCUAUCUGGUCACCUGUUAAAACUAAAGGUCAUGAUUCUUCCAAACCCAAAGACAUUCUGAGUGACACAGAUGGAAACACAAAAGAUCGAGCAAUGUCCACGCCAAAUAUGGAAUAUUCAUCAGAUGGUUACAGAGGGCGUAGAACAAGAGCAAUGCAGCAAGAAUUCAAUGAACGGAGACCUGUGCGUAGGUGUUCAGAGUUCAAUGAAACUCAGCUUGCCUUUCUGGAGUCUCAAUGGAAAGAAGGAAUGGUGUCCGUCACUCGUGAAUGUUACAAGAUGAUUGAAGAGACUGCUGAGUGCAUUGGAAUUUCACCUGCUAGAGUAAAACGAUGGAUAAAAGACUAUGGCAAAGCAAAUGGUGUUGUGGUUAAUGAACCAGUAGCCAAAAAACGCAGGCUGUCAGUGUCUAGUCAGAAAGCACUGAAAGUGGAGACUCAAUUGAAUUCCCUGAUUGAAAGCUCUGAGAUUAGUAGCAAAGUGAGCAAAAAAGAGAACAAGUCCAAAGAAAAGAAGAAAACCUCAACCAAGAGCGAUGUUGAUGAAAACCUGAGUAAGCGUGAACAGAUAGUGGGGCUUCUGGGCAAGCUUAGUCACACGUGUUCAUCUCUGUCAUCACUUGGUGUGGAAACUGCAUGUCUGGCUGUCAAUAAACCUGUUGUGUUUACUCUUGGUAGCAAACAUGGCACCAAUUUCCUAAAAAAAGAGAAACAGCUACAAAACAGGUUUCUUGGAUAUUUGGCAAAGGGCAAAGAACAACAUAAAAAUAACCGGAAAAAAUUAUCAGAUGAAGUGAAAACAUUAUUUAACGAUAAAUUUUCUGAAUGUUGUGGCAAGCCCCGAAACAUGCCAUAUGCCAGAUUAGAAAAAGAUCCCAUGUUUAUAGAUAUCGACGGAUUCCCGGACGGUAUGGUUCUGAAAAGACCACACUCCUAUGGAGUAUCAGAUCUAAGGAAAAUACUUAAUGCUGCUGAUAAGAUCAAAUUUCAUCUCAAAAGCCCUGAACCUAGCAGAAAGAAACCAAAUCGGCAACCACAGAUCAAGAAAGAAACCUCUUCUGAAUUAACAGAAAGCAAUCUAUCUCCACCUACCCUUUCUGCCCAGUCCAAAGAAGUGCCACCCACCAGAAAAGACCAGUCAAAAUCAGACAAUGUUAGUGGUAACACUCGUUCAAACAAUGGCAGUUCUCCCCCUCCACAAUUAGAACCUGAGCGCCCACACCUUGAAUUGAAUAUGGACAACAAAUCCAAACCAGACUCAGUUCCCAAAUUUGUUGAGGCCAAUGCCGAUAAGAAGGAAUCUGAUGGAAAAUCUGACAAUCAAAGUGAAGUUUUCAUUGUGGAAAAAGUGCUGAAGAAACGUGUUUGGAAAGGUCGCCAAGAAGUUCUGGUCAAAUGGAAGGGCUAUACAAACCGCUACAACUCAUGGGAGCCAAUGGAAAACAUAUUUACAAUGUGA